AUGGAUGAUAUUGUACCAACGCAAACAAACAAGAAAAUUGUAGUUGGUAUUGUUACGAUUACUAAGGAUAUACAAAAGAUAACUUUACACCCUACUGUAGAGCUAUUUAAAGAACAUCUUGAAAGUUACAUUGAAAAGCAUUCUAAGGGAUAUAUUAAAGAUAUUGGAAAACAUCAUUGGGAUUCUCGUUUUUAUUCAAAAUUUAUGACUAUUGUAUUUCCUGAAGUUCCUGAAAUAAAAGCAAAUGCAGGUAUAAAAAUUAUUGAAUGGAAGAGAAACCUAUGGAUUGCUAAAGCAUAUACCAGUUUGUGGAAAGUAGAUAACACUGGACUUCUAACGAUCAAUACAAUUAUCAUGAAAGCUAUGUCUAGAGAAGAUAAAGAAGAACGAUUAAAAUCACAACAAAUUCCAACUGAAGAUGACGAUUUAAAAGAUGAUGAUAGAUCAAAUGAUUAUAAUGGUACUGUCAAAGAGGAGAUUUCAGAAGAAAACCAUUACGAAUCUGAGAAUGCUAUGUUAUUUGAAUGA